GACAAGAUUCAAGAUGGCGGUCGUUUCAGCCCUGCUUCGCUACUGCAUGAGGCAUCCAGCUCGUGUAUUGUGUAUCAGUUUGUUAGUGCUACUUGUAAUCGCCAGCCGGUUUCUUUAUUCUUCGGUUCCGGAACAGCAGCAUCUUCACGAGCUAAAUAUUAUGGCUGGCAGCUUAUCACAUGUGGGUAACAGAAAACUUGUAAAAGCGAAGGGAUACCAACCUAUUUUGCCUGUAAAACAUCUAGGUGUUGAAUUAGAAAAUAGUGAGUUUAAACAGGCGAAAGGGAAAGAACGCGAUGAGAAAGAACAUGGGAAAAAGUUCGCAAAGUCGGGUGAAAUAAAGACGAAUUUCGAGGCCAAGGCAUCAGAUGCAACAGAAGAUAGUUAUCACGAACAAAAGAUUGAAAAUGACUUAACUCAUCAGAAAAUUCCGGACAGUGAAAGGAUUCGUGAACUUGCAGGAAAAUUACCACCGUUUGAGGAAGCUGAAAAAGAAGAUGAAGGUGAAAAUGAGUCAACCCAUCGGAAAAUUGCAGACACUGAAAGAUUGCAUGGAAAUGCAGGAAAGUUAUCCCCAUUUGAGGUAGCCGAGAGCAAUGUAGAGAGCGAAAAUGACUUAAAUGCUCAGAAAAUUCCAGAUAAUAAGAAGAAUCAUGAAAAUACAGAGAAUGCAUUGUUCCCUAAAGUAGCUAAAAAGGAUGAAGGGUUCCCACAAACAAAGAUAUCACAAGAAAAGGGAAAGCAAAUGCACAAAGCACGACAUGAUAAAGUGACCGUAAGGAAAGAUCGAAAGAAGAGCCAAAAGCAUGACCCUUCUCGACAGAAGAACAACAUCUUAAUGGUGCUUGCCAAAGUUGGCCAGGCAAGUCCCCUUGCUCAACGGUUCAAGCGUUGUAUCAAGUCAAUAUGUACACAUUCAACAAUACACCUGACUUUUCAUAUUUUAACUGACAAUCUGGGGAAACUGACAAGUGACAAUACCUUUAAUGAAGCUGCCAAGGUGUGUAGGAAUGGAUUGAACGUGACAUACUAUGAUGUUGGGGAGGUGGUAAAAAAGGUCCAGCCAGUUAUUAAAGAUCUCAAGGUAAAACUUGGUUUCCAUACCAGCUAACCCUUUAAGCCCCAAUAUCCACAUACAAAUUCUCCAAAGUGAUCUCCAUACACUUCCGUAAAGAAUUAGUUGAGAGAAUUUGACAUAAGAUCAAAGCAUUUUUCCUGAGGUGAUCAUUUUGUUAAAUCUCGUAACCUUUUCUUUUGAUAAUGUACUGAUAUUGUGUGGAGAAAAUUUAUGUUGAUCACUCUUGGGAGGGUGCUUGAAAUGAAAAUUUAAGCCUGACAGGUUCUUAAAUGUUAGGUUCUUAUAAGUGGGGUUUUACUGUAAUGUGUGCAAAGCCUAUGUUACAGGUCAAAAUUAAAUUCAGGUUAAAAGUUCUUAACCUAGGUUGAUACUCAGUUUCCUUUGUCUCCUAGACCUGAUUAUAAUUCAAGAAUUAGGGCUAGGAGACAAAAACGGAAAUUGAGAAUCAACCUAGCUUAAAAAUUUUUAGCCUGAAUUUUGUUCUGGGCCCUCAACAGUCUAGAUGAAUACUAUUACCAGAAAUGAGUUUCGAAUUUCCCUUUAACAUUACUGGCAAAUCAACAACGGCUUUGUUAACAGGCCAUUCAUUCAUGGCAUGUCCUCGAAUCCUGGUGCACAGGUGGGGGCCCACAAUAAGAAUUUUUGUGUGUUUCACAGAUGGACUACCCUGUGAACAGAGGCUACAUUUUCACUGUGUGAGCUGGCCUGCGAAAAGUAGCCUCUGCCAACAACCGUUCAAGUCCGUUCAGAAAUCUGGACGAAUAAAUUAAAAAAACGGUUUUUUCCCUGUUCUUGACCAGUUUAGAACAUUGCGCGAGUCUUGCGUAGCAGAUCAGAGGUGUCGCAAUUUUUUAUUCCUGUGAAACUCGCGCCAUUUGAUGACAGACGUGACGAUUACUUUUGCUUGUGAAUCGCGUGAUGAAUUUUGCAUGUGCAGGAUAGAAAAUUGAACGCUUUUCGGCAGAGGCUACUUUUGGCACGACAGCUCACAGCGAAAAAUAGCUCCUGCUCGUAGGGUACAGAUGGACUUAACCAGAAGUUUAGUUCCAUCUGUGGUGCAGGCUGCUCUAACAGUUUCCCUUGUUUCAUACAGGGUCUGGCUUGGCUUACCUGAUUUCAUACAAGGCUUGUAAAAAUGCAUUUAACCAAUUCAAGGUUGAUUUCUCUAAUGCCACAAUCAUCACUUUGUGUUUUUCCUUUAUCUUUCAGCCCAUCUUUACCAAUGGUGAUCCCAAUUCUUACUACAGUGAUUCUCUGUUCUUUGUAUCAACUGCAAUUCAUCAUGUUUUGCCUAAAAAUAUGAUGCGCAUCAUAUCACUAGAUUCAGACCUGCUUUUCCAAGCAGACAUCAAGCAUUUGUUUUCUGAGUUUGAUACCUUCAAGUCCAGCAUGGUCCUUGGUCUUGCAAGAGAACAACAACCUGUCUAUAGACAUGUUUUGCACAUGUUUCGAAACCGAAAUCCUGGCACAAUUGUCGGCGGACCACCCCCUAAUGGCCUUACAGGAUUUAACAGUGGGGUAGUCUUAGUCAAUCUACACAACCUGCGCAAAUCAAAACUGUACAACAGUCUCUUAAAUGGCAGUGUAGUGAAAGAACUUGCCAAUAGGUACUCUUUUCAGGGGCACCUUGGCGAUCAAGACUUUUAUUCCUUAAUCAGCUUGGAAUACCCUGAACUCUUCCACAUCCUUCCAUGUUCGUGGAAUCGCCAACUGUGCACUUACUGGAAGGAUCAUGGAUAUACUGAAGUCUUUGAUUCAUACUUUAACUGUUCUGGACCCAUUCAUGUGUAUCAUGGCAACUGUGGGACUAAAAUGCCUAAUGAAUGAUACAGGAGUUUACAGUGAGGUAAAGUUCAAUGGUGUCCUGUGGCACAGAUUGAAUGAGCUAGGAGGUAGUUUAACGUCAGCACAGGCAUACCAGUAGACUGCAGGCAGCUCAUUGUCUAGUGAGCAAACAAUCACGGUAAGGCUAGCAGAAACAAAUGAGCAGGGAACAUCUGAGAAGGAGACAAUUCCUUGGUUCACUUGCUUGUAACAAGACCACUCACUAACAAUUCCAAGGAAUUUUAUCAAUGUAGCACAUGUGCUUUAAGCUCCAUUUGCUGAAGAAUGGAGAGGACACUUCCUGUUUUCCUUAUUGUAGUUUUCUAGAUCUGCUUAACAGAUGCCUCAAGCACUGAUCACAGCUUUCGUAGACAAUACAACUAUUCCACAUUACCUGAUCAUGACCUUGGGUGGACAGUUCCAUGGGGGAGAGUGGUGCGAAAUGAAGAGCAAAUGGGAAAAAUCCGCACCCCCUCGUUGUUUCCGUGUUCAAUUUUUCUUUGAGCCUUCCCCACUACCUGAACGGCUGAAACAGGCUAAAAACUAGCUAAUGUCUUAUCAAGGAGGGGAGAAGCAAUAACCCAAAGCCAUAUGCAUCAUCAACAGACAGCUCAUCCCAAUGAUUCAUAUGCUAAUAUAAAUUUUACUCUCAAUUUUCAUAGAACCAAUAUAACUUAGGCGCUGAUACCCUUAACUUAUUCUCAUGCAUCUCUUUUGUUGUUCAUACGACCUUUUCAGCAGGUGUAAUCCAAAAAUUAGGGAAUAUGAUGAGGGAGAUUAGAGCUGACCCCAGGAGUUUACAGUUUACAUGAACUAUUUGAGAUGACCCCCCCUCCCCCCACACACACACACACACAACCUAUCGGACUGAAUCCCCCACCCUAUUUUUAUCAAAUGAAUGAUCAAGUUGUUGAUGUGGCAC